GCUAUCUGCUCAUCUCACCGGAAGCCCUGGCUCAAGGGAGUCGGCGCCCGUGGCCGGAUUUGACGGCCCAGUAUCUUCGUUGGUUUGAUGGAAAACGUAGCAAACUUCGUCGAGAUGUCGACGAACUGUGCUGACUCGCCAACGUGCAGCACAGACUUCAAUCACUUCAAUCAGGUUGGCGCUGAUGAUGUCGGACUUUGCAAGAAGUCUCGCCAGCAGCGGCGCCAGCGCAUCCAUACUGUUCAUUGUUACAUCGCGCGCACCACUGCCUCCGCUGUGGCAGUGUCUGCAGCCAUCCUCUCUUCCGCCGAGGCUCCCGACGACGCUGCCAGCAGCGACAGUUGGGUGAAAAUCCUCGUGAACCUUAUCUACCGCUUGCUUUCCUUCAUGCAAGAUGUCCUGGCCUCCAUCGGUGAGGUCAUUGGCAGGCCCCCGCGCAUGCCGCUCUCGGAGCCGGAGCCUCCGGCGGCGCUGCUCUGGGCGGUGGACCUCUGCAUCCUCAGCAGCGUCCUGGCCUUUGGCUUUCUGGUUUGGGCGUUCAUGAAUUGGAGCGACGAGGAGGAGGAUCCCAAGAUGGAGGGCGAAACCUUUGGAGAACGAAUGCUAACCCGCUUCCGCGUGGUGAUCGUCAUGGCGCUGUCUGCCCUGGGCGGAGGCUUGCUCAACGUCAAGCACUCCGUCCACUCCGCUCUCUUUCUGGGCCUUUAGCCAGGAGCUCGCAGCCAACUGGGGCCCGGUUCAGACCUGGUGGCCCUUCCACGAGCCAGGGAAAACGUGGUCGGAUCAGGACCGUUGGUUUGUGAUUUCCCUUGAACUUUCUCGAGUUGGGGCGAAGAAGCAAAGUACGCCUUGUGACCACUUUGCCUUCGAAGAGACGCGACUGGCUACGUGUGGGGCAUUCCGGUGAGUGGACUGACUGCCCUUUCAUUAUAUGCUCACAAGAUGAGCGCCUUAUGGGUUCAUUGCAGACUUAGUCAGACUUGUUACGAGUGAAUGUAGUGCUGCAUGCUGAUCUCCAUGUCUCCUUA